GCGGCCGGGACAGCUCGCCGGCCGGAGCGCUGAGCGCGGUGCACCGCAUCCCGGAACGAGCGAGAUGGCGCGCAGCGGCAAGGCAGCCAUAGUGCUGUGCCUGGAUGUAGGCUUUCCAAUGAGCAAUUCUGCUGUUGGUGAGGAAUCUUCAUUUGAACAAGCCAAGAAGGUUAUGACAAAGUUUGUGCAGCGACAGGUUUUUGCUGAGAGUAAAGAUGAAGUCGCUGUAGUUUUGUUUGGCACAAGUGGUACCAGGAAUGCCCUUGCCAGUGGGGAUCAAUACCAAAACAUUACUGUGCACAGAUCACUAAUGCUGCCAGAUUUUGAUCUGUUGGAAGACAUUCAAGAUACAAUUAAACCAGGCUGUAAACAAGCAGACUUUCUGGAUGCUGUUAUUGUGUGUAUGGACCUUCUUCAGAAUGAAACACUAGGAAAGAAAUAUGAGAAGAGACACAUUGAACUUUUUACUGACCUUAAUAGCCCUGUCAGUGAGGAUCAGCUGGAAAUUAUCGUUGCUAACUUGAAGAAAACGGGAAUUUCAAUUCAGUUUUUUCUGCCAUUUCCAGCAGAUGUUGAUGAUGGAGGUGGAGGCACGAAUGCCAGUGAAUGUUCUAAAAUGCACAGAAACUCUUUUCCAAGAAAGGCUUUAUCUGAGCAACAGAAGGAAGGCAUUGAUGUGGUGAGGAAACUGAUGCAUACUUUGGACGAAGGAGGAGGGCUGGAAGAAAUUUAUACUUUCAGAGAGAGCCUGGAGCGUCUUUCAAUGUUCAAGAAAAUAGAAAGAAGACCUAUGGCUUGGCCCUGCCAGCUCACUAUUGGUUCUAAUUUGUCUAUAAGGAUUGUGGCCUACAAAUCAGUCACAGAAGAGAAGGUGAAAAAAAUGUGGACAGUUGUGGAUGCUAAAACCCUCAAAAAAGAUGAUGUGCAAAAAGAAACUGUUUACUGCCUGAAUGAUGACGAUGAGACAGAGGUUCAGAAAGAUGAUACUAUUCAAGGGUUUCGCUAUGGGAGUGAUAUAGUUCCUUUUUCCAAGGAAGAUGAAGAGCAAAUGAAAUACAAAACAGAAGAAAAAUGUUUUUCUGUUUUGGGAUUCACCAGAUCCUCUCAGAUCCAGAGGCAUUACUACAUGGGCAACCAGGUUCUGAAGGUCUUUGCAGCUAAAGAUGAUGAGAAUGCAGCAGUUGCUUUUUCUGCUCUUGUUCAUGCGCUUGAUGAGUUGAAUGUGGUAGCUAUAGUGCGAUAUGCUUAUGAUAGAAGAUGCAACCCGCAAAUUGGAGUAGCUUUACCGUGUAUUAAGGAUGCAUACGAGUGUCUCAUCUAUGUGCAGCUACCCUACAUGGAAGACUUAAGACCGUACAUAUUUUCAUCCCUGAAAAACAAUAAAAAAUGCAUUCCUACAGCGGAUCAGUUAUCUGCUGUUGACUCUUUGAUUGAUUCUAUGAAUCUGGUUUGUGAAGAUGAUGAUGGAGAAACUUUUGAGGACCUCUUUAAGCCUAGUAAAAUUCCAAACCCUCAUUUUCAGAGGCUGUAUCAGUGUUUGCAACAUAAGGCUUUUCACCCCAAUGAGCCAUUGCCACCAAUUGAACAGCACCUUCUUGAGAUGCUGGAGAUGCCCCAUGUGGUAAAAGAAAAGUGUCAGGCUCCGCUUGAAAAAGUAAAGGCACUUUUUCCCCUAAAGGAAGUUGGCAAGAAAAAAGAAGAGAAGACUGCUCAAGACAUCUUCAAAGACAACAGUGAAGAUGGACCCAAACCUAAGAAACUAAAAAUUGAAGAUGAGGAAGGUACCUUUAGCAUCAUGAAACUUGCUGAAGGCAAUGUCACCUCUGUUGGCAGUGUUAACCCAGGAGAAGAUUUCCGAAUUCUGGUGAGGCAGAAAAAUGCUGAUUUCAAAGACGUGAGCCAGCAGCUGAUAAACCGCAUUGAUCAGUUCCUGGAAAAUAAAGGUUCGCAGUACUACAUGAAAGGGAUCAAUUGUAUCAGAGUUUUCAGAGAGGAGGCCAUUAAGCUGUCCAAGGUGCAGUGCUUUAAUGAUUUUCUGCAGGCCCUGAAAUCAAAGGUGGAAGAUAAAGCCUUAGCUGAUUUCUGGGAGAUCAUUAUACAAGACAGAAUUUCUUUGAUCACUAAAGAUGAAGCAGAGGGAAGUUUGGUGACUAGAGAAGAGGCUGAAAAGUUCCUGGCUCCAAAAGAAAAGAAAAAUGAAACUCCACCUCCGACAGAUGAAGGUGGUGAUGUUGAUGAUUUGCUGGACAUGAUGUGACCAGGUGAUGAUGAGGUGAUACAUGGUGACUAUACAAGCAAGUUUUGGAAGAGGUCUCCCUGUGACAUGUGGGGCACAAAAGAGGAUGCUAAUGAGAAGACAGUAUAUCCAUCUUUAUUUUCUCAAAUGAGAGCAGACGUCCCAGAGACAUUUUCAGUUGUUAUAAAUGUAAUCUGACUUUUCAAAACUAGAACAGCAGAUUGAAAUAAUCUGCAGUAUUUGUGAAGUAAUGAUACCUUUAAGGCAUCUCUCUUUUUUUUUUUUUGGUCUUUUUUAGCAUACUGAAUCUAGCUUAUCCUUGGCAUUGCUUUCAGCUAAACGCUACUAAAUUUAAUGAGAAUCUGCGCUGGCGCCUGAAAUUCUUGUUACAUUGCCUGGGAAGGAAGAUAGAAAUGUCACAGUAAGGUUACCAGGUAAUGCUGAAUCUUUAGUGGAGGUAACUCUAUAGCAUUAUUGUUACAGAAGGGAAAAAGUCUCUAUUUUCAUGCUUUUUUUCCCUAUUAAAAAAAACCAAAACAAAACAAACCAAAACAGGCCAGUGAGUCACAAAGUACUAGUUUGAAAUACACAACAGAAUCUAAAGCACGCAGCGAAGCCAAGUAUGCUGAUUUUGUUUGCCAUACUGUACACAAAUCAGUGAUUAUGGUCAUGUCUGUACUACAGGUUCCCUAUCCUGUCAGUUCAGCAGCAGCUUAAUGGUCCCUUUCUGUUAUACAUCUUCCUAUUUAUAUGCUGGAAUUUCUGGGUUGGUUUUUUUUUUUUUAGACUUUUAUCUUGUAUGGUUACUGUAGAUACUCCUGGUGCUAAAGCAUGAAUGAGUCAGUUACAUCCCUAUUCCAUACACUGCAGAUAACUGCUAAUGAAGAGAAGAAGAAUCCAUGAAAGCUGUACUCUGACACCUGUCAUAGAGAACUGAUAAUAAUUAACACUGGUAACCAACAAGGAGCACUGCGUACACACGGUAAUCCAAGGUAGUAGUUUGGAUUGUUUGUUACAACCAGACUCAUCCUUUAAAAGCUUUUCUUGCUUUAUAUUGCAAGUAUAUAAACAAACGGUGCAAAACAGUAUUAAGAUCAUAAAAAAGAAAAAAUCAUGAGCUGUAGUUAAAAAAUGUUUGGGAAUAUCUGGACUUUAUACUGAACAGCAUCUCCUGUGUGGGAAACAGCAAUUGGUUUUUACCCCUACCUCCCUACACAGUGACGUGGUCUCUCCUCUCAUACAUCCUGUCCAGAGUACGACUUCGAAAGGGUUUCUGAAAUGCAAAUGGCAGGGAGUAAGUGAUCUUUCCAGAACUUUAGAGCAUUGGUGUCACCAGAAGAUACUUUUUUGAACUGUAAAUACUUGGUCAGUCCAUUGUUUUGAAUGUCUUUUAAGGCCAAUUUAAAGAGUAUAACACUGUUGUGGGGUUCUUUAUAUUUUACUAAUUUGAUUAAUAAAACACUUAAAAAUUGGC